AUUAUACUAUUUUAAAUCUUUGUAUGAGGGUACGGUCUUGGUAGUUAUUGUUUAGGUAAAUAGAUUGAAUUAUUACAGCUACUUUGGAAUAGUGUAUAAUUUGUUCAAAAUGGACAUUAUCAGGGACGAAGAUCCGCAUGAUUUGAGCAAGCGUGGGGGUCGUCUAGAUAUGAGCCAUGGUUUCCUCCACCAUAUUCGGCGGAAUCAGAUUGCGAGAGACAGUUAUGAUAAGGAGGUGAAAAACGCCAAGGAACUCCAGCGAAAGGUCGCUGCCCCUCCAAGACGCCCCCGUCGGCCGGACAUUGCGGUCUACAACCCCCGCAGGAGAGAUGAAUCCGAGUCCGGCGGGGGUGUGGAGACCGAGGAGUGGAACGACAGCGGGUCCAGCACAGAGACGGAGGCCCCAGGAACCGAACUGUUCUGGCUGGAUUACCAGGACGACUGUGGCACCAUCACAUCCUUCAUCGUCCACAAGGAGGAUAAGCCAGAUGACGUGGUGAAGCGUGUGGUGGAUAAGAACGACCUGGACCCCGCUAUGAGGGCCGCGCUCAGGCUCCGGGUUCGAAAAGAAAUGGACAAAAGGCGAGACAAGCGCUGAAUUGAAGAGUUAGGAGAGUACUUCUUUUAACAAAGGGAAAAUGAGCAGUGGAGAAUCACUCACACAUUCUAAGUUCCUGGUGGCUGUAGUAGGUCACAUCAAUGACAUAAGGACGGCCGUGGUGGACUGAAGUUCAGUGUGCUGCAGGCUGAGCACUAGAAGGAGAUUUCACCGUGAGGGGGAGAUUUUUAGUAUGGACGGCUCCUAGUUAAUAAGUUAAGAGCACUUAUUAGAUACAGCACAGAUGGAGGUGGAUCGGUUUACUGUUACCUCAGAAUAUGAGCCGCCUUUCGAGAGACUGCAUGUUCAGCUCCAUGAGCUGGAAGUCAUGGGGUUGACCUUUGGGAAAGACCAGGCGAGUUUUGGAAGCUUUUUUGCUUUGGAUUUUGUUGUGUACUUUGUUUUCUAAGAUAUAGGUUACUUUGUCCUGAUGGGUUCUCCUUUCCGGAACAUGAAAAUGUCUAUGAUUAUAGAAAUGCGACCCAUUCACCUGUAAGAACCUCCAUGUCUUUAUUCAUGUGUGCAUUUAGUUAUAAUUUCCUCUUAUUUUUUAAGACCUUUUGGAGUAAGUGAAUGUUACCUGGUUGUUGCUGUAUUAUUUGAUGCUAUGAGUUUCAUUGUCUACUUCGUUCUUAUUUAUUAAAUAUUGUUGAUAUUUUUUUCUUUACUUGCCUGUGGGUGUUAGUAUUGAGUGAAUAUCAGUCAGUUUAUUUAUAUUGCUCUGUCAGUUUAUUUAUAUUGCUCUGUACCGGGUAGACAAGAGAACACAGUAUUCAGGAAUAAGUUACAACUAUGCGUGACAGCAUAAAAUAUGGAUAAAUCACUUGAAUUCAAGGCUUAUUCAUCCUACAGGAAACAAACAAUGUACUCCAUAUUGUAAACCUUCUGUAUUCAAUUAAUUGAGCAAAUUAAUGGGAGAAGAUGCAUGCCCACAACGUAUCACUAUAUCACGAAACCAAGUAUCUUGAUAUUAUUUGUUUCCAGCGCUGCUUUAUCCAUUAGUUUGCCGUGUGAAGCAGUACAUCAACUCCAGGCACCAAGCCCAGUACAGGGCUUCAACUAUUCAUCCAUGCCUAGUCCAGGAGUUCAUUUUGACCAAAGACUGACUUGGAACUGUAUAAACUCAGUAGAUUAUUCAUCAGACUGUUGAAGGUUUCCACAUGUCCUUAGUGCCUGUAAGAUACUAGUGAGGCCCUUUGUGUUUUGCAUUUUAGCAGACAUGGGGCGCUUAGGCCUGGCCCUGGCGUCUCAGGCUAAAUUCCUCAAUUUUAUGACUGGGCACUAUAUUUUUCAAAACUAAAGGUUGUAAUACCAUAUAGAAACCAUCCCUAUAUGGAACAAGUUCUGGGGAUCUAGAGUCAAUAAUGGCGAGGCUAUUGAAAUUUUUGCAAAAUAAAAAA